UCAAGUCGGGCCGCCCCGUCGACAGCUCUUAUAAAAGCGGCGGGUUCCUCCAGAAGAGUAGAGACAGACAGGACAGCAGCAGAGACAGACCUCCAACAGAUUCCAGAACCGCAGCAGCCAUCAGUCCACACUACAGCCAAGGAGAUCAAAAGAUGUUCACAAUGACUGGAAGAAUCGGCCUCCUUCUCCUCCUCUUGUUCGUCAAUGCAGAUGCGGCCAGCACCCAACAGGAGAGGAAGUUGGGACCGGCCAACGUGGCCCUGCCCGUCGCCAGGCCCAGUAGCAGCGUGCCCACCGCAAACGUGGCCAGCGGCGCCAAUGUCGCCCCGGUCCAGAACGUGCCCACCGCCAACGUGGUCAGCGGCGCCAACGUGCCCUUGGUGCAGAACGUCGCCCCGGUGCAGAACGUAGCCCCGGUCCAGAACGUGCCCACCGCCAACGUGGUCAGCGGCGCCAACGUGCCCUUGGUGCAGAACGUCGCCCCGGUGCAGAACCUCCCCCAGAUGCAGGUCAUCCCCGGGAUGCAGAACGCACAGCUGAUGCAGAACGUCCCGAUGAUUCAGAACCUUCCCGUGAUGCAGAACGUCCCAAUGAUGGCAAACAUGGCCAACAUUGGACAACAGCGGCAACUGGUCCCGCUGGGCACGGUUAACAUUCCCAACCUGGGUAACGUGCCGGUGUACGGGGUCCCUGUUUCCAUCAACCAGGCCGGGCAGCUGCAGAUGGGUACGGGGCUGGGCGGGCUCAACCUGGGCGGGCUGAACGGCGGGCUGAACCAGGCCGCGCUGAACGGCGGCGGGCUGAACCUGGGCGGGCUGAACCAGGCCGGAGUGAACACCGGCGGGCUGAACCAGGCCGCGCUGAACCAGGCCGUGCAGAACCUGGCGAACGCGUUGGGCGUGUCCUCGUCGGGCGUCACCCGGCAGAUGAGCGCCGUGUCGGUGCUGUCGGUGGUGGCGGCUAACCUGUGGUACCACUGGGGCUGCUAACCUGUGGUACCACUGGAGCUGCUAACCUGUGGUACCACUGGAGCUGCUAACCUGUGGUACCACUGGAGCUGCUAACCUGUGGUACCACUGGAGCUGCUAACCUGUGCUACCACUGGAGCUGCUGAGAGUCCCCCCUUCCCUCUUUGUAUAUGAGGCCGCAGGGAGACGGCUGUAGCCUGUGAUUGAGAGCUGCACUUCUGUAGGAUGAUAGGCCCGUUGUAUAUUAUAUGUAAUACCUUAUUUAUUAUUUAAAGAUUCUGAUCUAUUCUUGAUUGUUAAAAUGACUUGAACUAAAUUAUUGCCCUGAAUGUGUCCGCUGAACAAAUAUAAACAAAAUAAAGUUGUUCAAA